UUUCUCCUGUCUCACGCACAAACCGAAGAAGACGUUUGAUCAACAGUGAAGGGGGAAUCGUCCUCGUUGAUGCGAUUGAACCGAAUUAAUUCUCAAACAGAGAUGGUGCUGUCGUCUUCACAGCAGCUCGUCAUGGCGUUCACCGCGGUGCUGCUGGUGUUCGUGCUGUUCCCGCGCAUGUUCGGCGGCGGCAGAGACGGUCAGUCGUUCGAGCCGCGGAACAGCAGGAGAGGUCCUGGUCCCGGUGGUAGUGUGAAAAGUCAGCAGAAGUUUCACAGGAACGCGGCUCCUCAGAUGUCUCAGAGCGUGGAGAACAUGCAGCAGAUGAAGAAACUCAUGGAGCAGGAGCUGAAGAGUGACAAAUCCAAACCCAACAACAAUAAGGGCUACGUCUUCACCCUCAUGCCCAUCUACGCCAUCAGUGUCGGGCUCUUCGCCGCGUAUAAGUUUCUAAAGAUUAAAUCGUCAAGCGAUUCUGAAGCUCAAAAAGCCAAAACAGCUCGAGGAGUGAAGAAACCAGAGGAGACUGAGAGUCAGCUGAAUGAGCUGGAGCAGAGACUGACUCAAACCGAGAAGAUGCUCAACUCUAUCCUGACCCAGCUGGACCCGCUUACCAACUGUGUGAAGUCUGUUGCCAUGGAGCAGAAGAACGAGAUCAUGUCGCAGCUGCAGUGCAUUCGGCAGCUAAUGAAGAAGAGAGGCAUGGAGUGUCCAAACAUCAGGAUAGAAGAGCCGACAUGUGAACGCAAUCUAGACAAACUCAUCGAGACUUUGGCCGCAGCUGAAACGCUUCCAGAAACUCAUCAGGAAUCACAAACACACACUGAAAUACAGCCACAUGAUCACCGAGAGCCCAGGCCUGAGUCUGAGGGAGAGGAAGAGCUGGAGGAGAACAAGCGCACGGCGGGAGAGGAAGACGUGGGAAGUGAGAGUGACUCUAGUAUGCCGUCCCUCGAGGACUCGGCCGACAUCAGUGGAGAUGAUGUUACAGUCGCUCAGAAACUUCCAGAAGAUCUGACGGCUGGAUUACGAAGACGCAACAGGCCUGAGUAACGCUGACGAGAAUCGGACACAAAUCUAUUGAUGUAUUUAUUUAUUUUGUUAAUUCUAAUGAAGCGGUCAACACUACUCCUUGGUUUCGACGCCAGCGUCUGCAUUUGAAGUUAACAUGACAUCAAAAUCCAGCCCGUUUGCAAUAAAAAAAAUCCAAACUUGC